AUGAACAUUGAUAGCGUCCAAGAAGAUCAAAGAGCCACAAAGAAAGUUAAGAAUCGAGAAAUAAAAACUAAAGAUAAUGAAACAACUCAACCAACGGAGGACAUGCAAACUGAAGAUGAUUCUCAAGAAGAAGAAGCUGCGACCAAAGAACGCCCCAAGAGUCCGGAGAAAAUCUCAUAUGCGACCAUGGCUACCAGUGGAUCAAAUAUGAUCAAGAAUCCUCCAGUCAAGAUGCCCGAAAAAGAAAUAAUUUUCCAAGAAGGAGAUGUCACCAUGGACAAUUCUAGAGAUUUCCCAAAAAUAAGUUUCUCUAGGAGAAUUCAUGAACUGAUUGAUCGAAACAUGAAACAAGUUGUUACCACGAGACUACUGGGAAAAAAGAUUGGAUAUAAAGCUCGGAUAAACAAAAUACAUGUGUUAUGGAAGCCAAUAGGCAAUUUCAACUUAAUAAAUCUUGAUAAUGACUAUUACUUAGUGAAAUUUGAAAAUCCUGAGGACUACACGAGAGUUCUUACCGAUGGUCCUUGGAUGAUAUAUGGAAGUUACGUGACAGUUCAACCAUGGUCGAGGAACUUUACUACAACUGAGAAAAACCCUUCACAAGUCAUCGCUUGGCUGCGUCUACCUGGUUUGCCCUACAGGUAUUACAAUACUGUACUAAUCAGAACAACUGUGAAUAUGAUAGGAAGAGCAUCAAAAUUGACUACAAUACCAAAGUUGGAGAAAGGGGAAAAUUUGCUAGAAUUGCAGUUGUAA